UUUGAGAGUGGGGAGAUGAUAUGACUCGGCGCUAGGACCGUGGCUCUGUCAGUGCGCAAAUCCCAGCAGAGAGGCAUCGCUCUGGUAGAAGCGGCUGUACGCGCAGAGACAGAGAGGCUGUCUGUCUGCGCUGCGGUUCGACCCAUCACCGGCGUGGGAGGCUGUACCUUCCACGGCGCACGGACCUGAACCAGCCAGGCUGCGGAGCCCUCCGUAUGGGCUCACCAUGCGAAGGAUACGGGCCAACGCCAUCGCGAUUCUGACCGUUGCAUGGAUCUUAGGGACGUUUUAUUACCUGUGGCAGGACAACAAGCCCCAGUCGUCGCCGUCGUCAUCGGCUUCGCAGACUCGCGGCAGGGGCCACGGGCAGAAGGUGAUCCCCGGUCGACUGGAGAUUCACCGGGAUGACAGGACCAUCCCGCUGAUAGUGACCCAGCCCCCUCGGGCCGAGCAGCAGGGCCAGCUGCUGGGCAGCUUCGAUGAGAAGGCUUACUUAGCAGCAAAGCAGCUGAAACCAGGCGACGACCCAUACAAGGACCAUGCCUUCAACCUGCAGGAGAGCGACCGGCUGGGCAGCGAGCGAGCCAUACGAGACACUCGACACUACAGGUGUGCAGCUCUGACUUAUGACACAGACCUUCCCUCCACAAGUAUCGUCAUAACUUUUCACAACGAGGCCCGCUCUACUCUUCUUCGCACCAUUAAAAGUGUCCUGAUGCGAAGUCCGCCAUCAUUGAUUCAAGAAAUAAUCCUGAUAGAUGACUUCAGCUCUGACCCUGAGGACUGCCAGCUGCUCACUCAGAUCCCCAAAGUGCGCUGCCUGAGGAACGGCAGGAGAGAGGGUCUGAUCCGAUCACGCGUGCGAGGAGCCAACACGGCCUCUGCUUCGAUCUUGACCUUUCUGGACAGCCACUGUGAGGUCAACACUGACUGGCUGCAGCCUAUGAUACAGAGAGUCAAGGAGGAUCAUACAAGAGUGGUCAGCCCCAUCAUCGACGUCAUCAGCCUGGAUAACUUUGCCUACUUGGCUGCCUCUGCUGACCUGAGAGGAGGAUUUGACUGGAGUCUCCACUUCAAGUGGGAGCAGAUUCCCAUUGAGCAAAAGAUGGCAAGAAGUGACCCCACUCAGGCAAUAAGGACUCCCGUCAUCGCUGGUGGGAUCUUCGUCAUGGACAGGAGUUGGUUCAACCACCUCGGCCAGUAUGACACCCACAUGGACAUCUGGGGAGGGGAGAACUUUGAGCUUUCUUUCCGGGUGUGGCUGUGCGGAGGAAGUCUGGAGAUUCUUCCCUGCAGCCGCGUGGGUCACGUGUUCAGGAAACGGCACCCGUACGAUUUCCCAGAGGGCAACGCUCUUACCUACAUUAAGAACACCCGUCGGGCCGCUGAAGUGUGGAUGGAUGAGUAUAAACAGUACUACUACUCUGCGAGGCCGUCGGCUCAGGGAAAAGCCUUCGGCAGUAUCACAGACCGUCUGGCGCUGCGACGGAAGCUGAACUGCAAACCUUUCCGCUGGUACAUGGAGAACGUCUAUCCCGAGCUGAGGUAACGAGGUUAACGUUUAA